AUGGCCGCCGCGACUGCGAGCGCGCCACCAGCACCGCCAGACAAGUCUCUGCUGCCCUCGCUGCGCCUCGGCAGCCUCGACGAGCUCCUCGUCGGCGCCGUCCUCAAGGCCGGAGGACCAUCGACCGUCCAGGGCAGCAAAGAAGCGCUCUCGCUCGGCAGCACGACCGUCAACUUUCGCCGGUUCGUGCAGAAGUCGGGCCCGAUCUUUGUCGCGCAAGAUGCGGUCGAGGCCGUGCUGCGGUGGGAGGACCCGGCCAAGACGCUCUUCUUCGCCUUCUCGUGGGCCUUCCUCUGCUACUGGCCAUCCCUUGUCAUCUUCGUCCCCAACCUCGUCCUCGUCUCGAUCCUCCUGUCGACCUACCACGCCAAGCGCGCCGGCGGGCCCCCUCCCGACAGCCAAGAAGGGCCGACACUGCUCGCCAAGGACCCUCCCGACUCGUCGGUCGACUACCUCUCGAACCUGCAAAACAUCCAGAUCAUGAUGGGCCGCGUCGCCGACCUGUCCGACGCCCUGCGCUCGAUGGCGCCCCUCGUGUCGUGGCGCGACGAGCGCCUCACGCGCGCCCUCCUCCAGGCCGCCGUCGUCUCGUCGUUCGUCCUCGCCCUCGUCGCGCCUUUCAUUCCCUGGCGCCUCGUCUUCCUCGUCAUCGGCGAGUCGGCCUUCCUCCUGUCGCACCCGCUCGCCCAGACGUUCGUGCGCGACGCGACCGAGCGCCUCCAGACCCCCCAGGCGCGCAAGCAGCGCCAGCAGGCGACGCGCCGGCUCCUCGAGGACGACGCGCUCGGCGACGACGAGCUCGAGGGCGACGUCGUCGAGGUGCAGAGGCUCGAAGUUGAGAGUCGGGCGCCCGGAGCGAGCGCGGCGGGCGCAAAGGAGGGCGAGGUGUGGGGGAACGAGGCCAUCGUCGGCGGCGAGCUCCCGGCUGGCUUCAGGUGGCUCGGCGAGUGGGAGGACACGGCACCGGCGGACGGAGCUGUUGAUGCUGACGGCUGGACCUACAUCCACCUCGACGGCACUCGCAGCUCGACGCCGUUCGUCGUGCAGGCCGGGCAGGGCGACAAAGCCGGCGUCGCCGUUUGGGCCCAGUCGCGCCGCAGGAGGCUCACGAGACGAGCGAUCAAGAGUCCGCUCCUGUAGUCUGCCCUCUCCUCUCGCUGUACUGCAUGCUUUUCCGCGAUC